AUGGCAUGGGUAUUGGCGGAGAAUGGACUCCGGCUGAACGUGAAGAACACCAAGUUCUUCAGCUCCGAGGAGGGCACGGGGUCAAUCGUCGACGGUCGCGGAGAAGCCAUCGGAAAGGUUCAUUCCGGCGCUGUCUUUCAAGAAGCUGAGCUGGUGUCCGAGAGACCUAUGAAGGAUGUUUUUUGCGAGAUCUACGACAAAUCCGGCAGAAGAGGACUCAGUCUACUGAAGAAAGAAGGAGAUGAGCGGGAAGAGGCAAUAGCUUUAAUGACACAAGGAGCUGCUUAUUGCUACUGCGCUUCAUCACCAAUAUGCCACACACGAAGUGAAACAUUCAAGGACUAUAUCUCUAAAGUGGGUCCGAAUGAGCAGGAAAUCCUCCAGCACUUCCUGGAAGUAGGUGAGUUACUUUUCUGCACAUUCAAAUACGGUGCGAAGCCUAACUUGGUUUUACCUCUUCUCGAGAGCGUGCAGGAUGCGGAACAAGAGUACAAAGAUUUCCUGUAUGUCGUUUUCUUCUUAAACAAAAUAUCGGAGACUGAUGUUGUAUGCAUUCUACCUAUGCUACGCCAAUUUAAGGGCUACAUCGUCAUCCACACAGUCUACUACGAAAAGGACAACAACUACUACCACAACAGAAAGUACAAGUAG